GCAGGUAGUUGGAUUAUGGAAGUGGGUACUCGCUCUGCAAUAACUCUUUGCUUUGGAAUUCGAAUGCGAGCUUCACUGUCUCUGAGCAUCUUCUUCUCUUCUCUCCACGUCUCUCUGCCUCCAUCAAUGGCGUCGAAUUCUCUGGUCUGGUUCCGUAAAGGUCUAAGGAUCCACGACAACCCAGCUCUCGAUUACGCUCGCAAGGACUCGGACAAUGUCUACCCCGUUUUCGUCCUCGAUCCACACUACCUUGAGCCAGACCCAACCGCUUUCUCUCCCGGUUCAUCCCUUGCCGGCUUGAACCGCAUACAGUUCUUGCUCGAGAGCCUUAACGAUCUCGAUUCCAGUCUCCAAAAGCUGGGAUCGCGAUUGCUUUUGUUCAGAGGAGAUCCUGUUGAGAUUUUGAUUCGGCUCUUGAAGGAAUGGCGUGUUAAAAAGCUUGGCUUCGAAUUCGACACAGAGCCAUAUUAUCAAUCCCUAGAUAAUAAAGUCAAGGACUAUGCUUCUGCAGCUGGAAUUGAGGUUUUCUCUCCUGUAAGCCAUACUCUUUUCAAUCCUGCAGAUAUUAUACAUAAGAACGGGGGAAGACCACCAUUGAGUUAUCAAUCGUUUGUGAAGCUUGCUGGGCAACCACCGCCCCCUCUUUCAACAGAAAUUUCUUUGCUUCCUCCAGUCGGAAAUGUAGGAAAUUGUGAAGUCUUGGGAGUUCCAACAAUAAAAGAACUUGGCUACGGUGACAUUAGACAGGAUGACAUUUCUCCUUUUAGAGGUGGUGAGUCAGAGGCAUUGAAGAGGUUGAGAUUAUCACUCAGUGAUAAGGAGUGGGUAGCGAACUUUGAGAAACCAAAGGGUGACCCAUCAGCAUUUCUAAAGCCUGCAACCACUGUUCUGUCACCAUACUUAAAAUUUGGUUGUCUUUCUUCCAGGUAUUUUUACCAAUGCCUUCAAGAUGUUUAUAAGACUGUCAAAAAGCACACAUCACCACCAGUUUCACUUGUUGGACAGUUGUUAUGGAGAGAUUUUUUCUACUGUGUGGCUUUUGGCACUCCUAAUUUUGAUACGAUGAAAGGAAACCGAGUAUGCAAGCAGAUACCUUGGAAUGAUGAUGAUGAAUUGCUGGUGGCUUGGCGAGAGGGUCAGACAGGGUACCCUUGGAUUGAUGCCAUCAUGAUACAGCUUAGUAAAUGGGGCUGGAUGCACCAUCUUGCACGGCAUUGUGUAGCUUGUUUCCUGACUCGUGGAGAUCUGUUUGUCCACUGGGAAAGGGGACGUGAUGUUUUUGAGAGAUUGCUGAUAGAUUCAGAUUGGGCCAUAAAUAAUGGAAAUUGGCUGUGGCUCUCUUGUUCAUCCUUUUUCUACCAGUAUAACCGCAUCUACUCUCCAACAUCAUUUGGAAAGAAAUAUGAUCCUGAUGCGAAAUACAUCCGACAUUUUCUCCCUGUACUUCAAGAUAUGCCAAAGGAGUAUAUAUAUGAGCCAUGGACUGCACCAUUAGCCGUCCAAACCAAAGCAAACUGCAUUAUCGGAAAAGACUAUCCUAAACCAGUAGUUGUUCAUGAUACUGCAAGUAAGGAAUGCAAGAGGAGGAUUGCAGAAGCAUAUGAAUUGAAUCGCAGGAUGGAUGGUUCGGUGACUGAAGAAGAUUUAAAGGGCUUACGGAGAAAGUUGGAGGGAGAUCAACACAAGAGCUCCAAACUUUUGAGCCAGAAACGAAAGUUGAUCCGCUGAGCUCGAGAGAAUUGCUGUUUCAUUUGUGAAUUCUUGGAGGAUGGGACACCCAUUGUGUUCCACUUGAGAAAUGGCGGGAACCUAUUAAAGUGGAUGGUUCCACUCUUUCAUGCAUCAUUAUUCACUGUAAUUUUAACAAUGCAAAAACACUGAUAAACCAGAUGCUGAUAAUUUUAUCUCAUGGCUGUGUCAUGUCCAUUAGUUGGUCCCACUCACUAUAUUAAUGUCAUUGUCUCUGAAGAGCAAAGGUUUACCUUAGUCCUGGGAGUGCUGAGGACAAGGUUGCCAAA